AUGUUGAAUCAAAAGCGAUGGAACAACAGUGCUGAAGAAGCCAAGAAGCUAUACUGCGUCUACGUUGCUGUCGGUCAGAAGCGUUCAACCGUUGCUCAGCUUGUCAAAACACUUGAGGAAAAUGAUGCUAUGAAGUACUGCGUUAUCGUUGCCGCGACCGCUUCCGAGGCUGCCCCACUUCAGUAUAUCGCCCCCUUCACCGGCUGCGCUAUGGGUGAAUGGUUCCGCGACAACGGAAGACACGCUUUGAUCAUCUAUGACGACCUAUCAAAACAAGCCGUCGCAUAUCGUCAAAUGUCGCUUCUGCUCCGUCGUCCCCCAGGCCGUGAAGCUUACCCUGGCGACGUGUUCUAUCUCCAUUCGCGAUUGUUGGAGCGUGCAGCGAAGCUCAAUGACAAACACGGCGGUGGAUCCCUCACUGCCCUGCCUAUCAUUGAAACCCAAGGCGGUGACGUGUCUGCUUACAUUCCAACCAAUGUCAUCUCUAUCACCGACGGUCAAAUCUUCUUGGAAUCUGAAUUGUUUUACAAGGGUAUCCGCCCAGCUAUCAACGUCGGAUUGUCGGUUUCUCGUGUCGGUUCCUCCGCUCAACUCAAAGCCAUGAAACAAGUAGCAGGCUCCUUGAAGCUUUUCUUGGCUCAGUAUCGUGAAGUUGCCGCUUUCGCCCAAUUCGGUUCGGAUUUGGAUGCCUCGACCAAGCAAACCCUCAACCGUGGUGAGCGGUUGACCGAACUCCUCAAGCAGAAGCAGUAUUCUCCAAUGGCUGUUAACGAAAUGGUCCCACUGAUCUAUGCUGGUGUUAACGGUCUUCUUGACUCUAUUCCUGUCAAGAAGAUUCUUCAGUGGGAAGCUGAUUUCCUGGCCCACCUGAAAGCAAACGAGGCCGAGGUUCUGGAGAAGAUUGAAAAAGAGGGACAGCUCAGCAAGGAUUUGGAGGCCCAGCUCAAGGAUGUCAUUGUCGCAUUCAACAAGAGCUUCUCGUAA